CAAUAGUCGGCCAUCUUGUCAGAUACCCAGUGUUGUCGUGAAAGCACUUUGGUGAACAGUGCUGCGAUCCUUUCUAGUUCCUCAUCGGUUUUUAAAGAUGGGGAUAUUUUCAAAUUCUACAAAUUUCGAUUCUCAUCUCGAGAAAGCAACGAGUCAGCUUCUUUUGGAGCCAGACUGGAAUAGUAUUCUUCAAAUUUGUGACUGUAUCCGACAAGAAGAUGUAAACCCCAAAUACGCAAUAGCAGCUAUAAAGAGAAAGAUUUUAGACAAGAAUCCCCACGUUGCGAAAUUUGGAUUGAUAGUGUUAGAAGCAUGUGUGAAGAAUUGUGGGGCUCCUAUGCACAAAGAGGUGGCUACAAAAGAGAUUAUGGACUGCUUCAGAGAGCUGGCCAAAUCAAGCCCAGAUCCAGUCAAAGAACAAAUUCUUAGUAUGAUUCAGACAUGGUCAACUGCAUUUCGCAAAGAACCAAAAUACAAAGUUGUCCAGGAUACAUUUAAUCUUAUGAGAAUGGAAGGUUAUAAGUUCCCUCCAAUAAAUGAUUCAAGUGAUGCCUUAUUCACGGCCGAAACAGCUCCUGAAUGGGCAGAAGGUGAUGUCUGUCACAUGUGUAGGGUUAAGUUCUCCACAUUUCAAAGACAGCACCACUGUAGGAAUUGUGGCCAAGUAUUCUGCCAGAAGUGUUCAUCUAAAAAUUCUAUCAUCCCACACUAUGGAAUAGAAAGAGAAGUCAGGGUUUGUGAUCCCUGCUUUUACAAGAUCAACCCAUCAGCAGGAAAAAGUGAAGAAGGCAGCUCCAAGAAGUCCGAUAAAGAAAAAAAAUCUGCAGAUUCUGACUUACCAGCGGAAUAUCUUAACAGUCCACUCAGUCGUGAGUCACAGGUUCCUACAAAGAAGACUGAACAGGAAAUUCAGGAUGAAGAGGAAGAAGAGUUGCAGCUGGCUAUGGCAUUAUCACUGUCAGAAGAGGAAGCAACUAAAGAUAUGCGAGCUCGUCCAAGCAUUAAAUCUUCUUCCUACAAUGUAGUCUCAGAGCAACCUUACCAAUCACACAGGCAGUCCAGUGGCUUAUAUGCUUCUCCAGAUGUAGAAGCUGAUUCAUCCAGCAUGGAUCCAGAGCUUGCAAGAUAUCUGAAUCGCUCAUACUGGGAAGAGAGGAGUGAAAGGCAAACAUCAAGAGAGAGAACAAGUCCUCCAGCCAGUGCACCAGCACCAACGCAGGCUAACAAUCAUGUAGAGGUUGAAGGCGUAAAUUCGGACGUGUCUGAAGUGACGGAUGCUAUGGUGAAAACAUUUCAAGGCAACGUGGAAAUGCUGUUAGACAGAAUGCAGAGAAUUUCUGGUCAAGGGAAGCAUAUCGCUAUGGAUGCUACAGCACAGUCAUUAUUCCAAACUGUCAGCGCAAUGCAUCCCCAAAUUUUGAGACUCAUAGAAGAGCAAGAAGAGAAAAAAGCUAAAUACGAGGCACUUCAAGUGAAACUUGGUCUUGUGCAUGAAGCACGUGCAUCCUUAGAUGAGAUGCGAGAGCAACACCGUGAGAAAGUUCGUCAGCAGGAACUCGAACAAGAUAUGCUUCGACGGAUGCAAAUUGAACAAAAGCUGGAGCUGAUGCGGCAGCAGAAGGCUGAGUACUUGGCUUACCAACAACGUUUACAGGCCGAGAGACAAGCAGUCAUUGAACAACAACAACAGCAACAACAGAGAUUACAAUAUCAAAGACAGAUGCAGCCAUCGCAGCAGCAGCAGCAAAGCCCAUAUGCCGGAGUGCAAUAUCCAUCCACAGGGGAAUCCAGUCCGUAUUCUUCCAUGAAUUACGCUCCAAUGACUGCAGCUGGUACACAACCUUACAAUCCUCAGAAUCCACUCGCGGGCUACACCCCUGCUGUCCCUCCUGGAUAUCAGGCCCCUGAUGCCCCACCACCGUCUCAGUAUUCUGCUCGACCAACAGGAGAGGGUUAUGUACCCACCACACGGGCGGACUAUAUGUCAUACAGGAACGAAGUGCCAGCCCCUCAAACAGAGUUCCAACCCCAGCCAAGUUCGCUAGAGUAUCAGCCACCAUCAUAUGCAUCUCAAGUUCCACCAGAGUCUGGUCCAUCAUCUCUUCAGCCUUAUAGUCUUGGGGGACCCCUCCCCGUUCCGACUGCCCCUGCGCAAGUACUUCCCCAAGCACCUCCUCCUCAGUAUGCUCAGGUUAGCUCCCAGCAGCCUGGCCCUCCACCUCUAUAUGGACAGUCAGUUGGUCAGCAGCCGCCAACACAAUCUGCGCUACAGAAUCAGCUCCCAGCUACAACACUUCCAGGCCCCACAGGGAAACAACCCCAGUAUAACCAGAUGCCGCCACCACAGACCCAAUCCCAAUACCCACAACAUCCACAAUAUUCCAACCCCACGGAGGCGCCACUGGUACCAGAGACUGCCCCACCCCAGUACCCUCAACCCCCAAACCAGGCUCCACAGACUAAAACACAGUCAUACCAUGUUCCUCAAGGGAAUGGCUUUCCUCCGGCAAUGGACGCCUCCAGAGGAUCAUCUCAGAUGCAGUUCAAUUCUUUACCAACUCAACCACAACUCAACAUGGUUCCACCCAGUGGUCCUCCUUCGUUUCAACAAGGACCUCCUUCGUUGCAACAAGGAGCCCCGGUGCAGCAAGUUCACCCGAUGCAGCAAGGUCACCCAAUGCAGCAAGGCCAUCCCAUGCAACAGGGCCCUCCCCUUCAACAGGGCCCUCCAGGGCAGCAGGCUUAUGAACCACAACAACAGCCCCAACAAUUUGCACCUCAGCAAGGGUACCAACCGGGUCCUGGUCAACCACCGCCACAGCAAUUUGGAUCAGCACCGCCACCCCAAGGCCCACCUCCCCAGAGGCAGUUGACGGAUCUAGAGUUAAUAUCUUUUGAUUAAAGGAAACCGUGGAUUUUACAUGUAUAAAUAAAAUUUCGAAUUUCUUUUCUUGUGUUAACGUUUGUUCAAUAACGUAACCGGUAAAUGGUCAGGAGAUUGUAAUUUUUAACCGAUAUAAUUUCUGUCCGGGUGGAAAUGUAAAAAGUGACAAAUGAAGCGACAGUAUGGAUGGUUUUGUAUAUUUGUGUUUGUUUUUGCAUAUGUUUGUGAAUAUCUUUUAAUUAACCACAGUUUACAACUGGAGAAAUAUUUGUUGCGGGCUUGAUAGGUCUUAUUACGUAUUAUUCAGAAGUAGUUUGCCAGGUUCUACUCGAAAAUCAAGAUGGCUUGUGCCAGCAGCUCGCCAUAAUAGUGAAUUGAACUGUUGAUAAUAUAUUCUAUUGUCACAAGUUAUUAACUUUGUUUUUCUUUUUCAUAAUUUGUAUUUUAAAGUGGAAUAAAUCGUAAAUAUAACAAAAUAAAACGAAAUGAGAAUA